AUGUCCCUCCACACCUCUUACCACGCCGACUCCGACGCGGACGAUGAAUACGAACGCAGCGUGAUUACUUCGCCACACCUUCAGAUCGAUUCGGAAUCUUCCCCCACGGACUCCGAGAUUCACUCAUCCGAACACACUCCCACCAAAUUUGGACACCCGAUGGACGGCCCUCGUUCCCCGCGAACACUCAUGACAGAAUGGGGGGUGGAUGAAUGCAAGGAGUUCCUGACUUCGCUGGGAUUACUACAGUAUCACGGCAUAUUCCGCGAGAAUGGAAUCGUCGGCGAAGCGCUCGUUGCGUUGAAGCACGAAGAGUUAAAGGAAAUGGGAAUCAACAGUGUCGGGCACCGAUUGACCAUCCUGAAAAGCGUAUAUGAAAUCAAAGUCAAGCAAGAUGUCCCCUUAGAUGCGGACCAUUAUAUUCCACUCUCGGCGGAUCAAAGUAUGAAUGAGACCGCUACUCAGGAAGAUCUCGCGCGUUUAAUCAAAUCAAUCCAGCUGCGAGAUGAAAAGCUUAUGCUGGUUGAAACAGAGCUGCGCCGAAUCACCGAUGACUAUCGCCGGCUGCGGGAAGAAAUCCUGCCGGUGAUCAAGAUAGCCAAAGAUCGGUCACAUCCAUUACCACCGCCGUCUUCAGGCGGCCAGCCUUCAGAGAAUUGGCAGGACAGCACAGCCACUCUCACAUCACCUUCUCAACUCAACGUCAGCAACAACGAUACUUCCACAUCGAAGAUUGCGCGGGCUUUCUCAAAGCGCAUGCAUCCUAGUGGCUCUACUCCCAAAAACAAUUCGCCUACCCAUAUUCCACCUAUGAUUCACGAAGGACGAGCUCAUCAUGACAAUAUGAAUCCAUCAGCCGGUUCUUUGGCGCAAACAUCUCAUCUGACAUCGUCUCUGAGUGGAGGUUCCCAAUUAUCACCCGGAAUCCCUUCCCCAACAUCACCCCACACCCAUCACGGUCAUCCCCAAACUCUCAACCCAAGAUCUUAUACCCAGCCAAGCUCUGGCACAAACCGGAACACGGCAUAUGAUUACCCCGAACAGACCCCGACGAUUCAUUCCAGAGAUCGUCUAACUCCUAGCCAGCUCCCGUCGUCCCGCGCCGAGACUCCAUCUACUGCGUCGCGUCUUGAUCCCCGUAUGGACCAUCGAGCUGAAUCGAGGGCUGAGUCACGAGCUGGUGGAGGUGGGAGUGAGAACCCCAGCAGCGUGGAGAUAUUCAAGUCCUUCCGCGUGUCAUGGGAAGAUCCCUGCUACAAGGUCCUACCGGCGGCGCUCAAGAAAUACAACAUCAACUCCGACUGGAAAAACUACGCCCUUUAUAUUGUCUACGGUGAUCAAGAACGUUGUUUGGAAUUGCAGGAAAAGCCCCUUCUCCUAUUUAAGCAGCUUGAAAAAGAAGGGCGAAAGCCAAUGUUCAUGUUGCGCAAGAUCCACAUGGACAAUCCUUCAGGCACGCCUGGACCAGGUGCAACUGCACCGAACAGCGCAGGCUUUGAAGGUGGCCGGCAAGGUCAGAUCAAUCUGCCGGGUGGUGUACUGUGA